AUGUCGCCUGAUUGUGUUUCCCAUUUGCUGGUUGUGCGCUGGCAGCUCUUUGGUGUGAUUGACGCUAUCCAACUGAGUAACCUUGAAGAUGUGAUAAAAGUCGGCAAUAUCUCGGUUCUUUUCGACAGCAUCAUCAAAACAAACCGAGUUGAGAAUCGCUAUCGGAAGUGGGAGGAAACGCAGAUUGGUUUUCUCUACUGUGUAUUUAGAUGGAAAAUGGCAGCUGUUAUAGGAAAUCCGGGAAGUUCCCAACCCAUCCUGUUCCCCACUCGUGUACCCCCGGAAGUCCAAGCACUAAUGAAAGCAGCCAAUAAGAUGGACAAACCAUUGUUUCGUAAGAUGAUCAAAUUGGCACUUGGGUAUCUCCAGGGAACUCUGACCCCAGAAGAAUGUGAGGCAAGCAUGCAACAGUUGUGUGAAUCCAUUAGCCCUUCAGUAACUGAAGAAACAGUAAUGACUGUAAGCAUACAGCAUGCAGGUGUUAUUACAUUACUAAGGACAGCUCUAAGGAUAAACACAGUGACAACUCGACAAGAUAUGCUGAUUGUAGAUCUUAAAAAUCUUGGGUUGCCAGAGGAAUUUGCUUCAGAUGUCUGUAAGGUUGUGUAUGGUCCUGCUCGUCCUGAUAUUGACUCCCAGCUGAUUGCUGCUUCACCAUCCCUUCCACAUUUGAGUAAUCUUGAGUGGAGAGUAGAAGUCACAAUUUCCACUAGCUGGUUGUCUCGUGUCCUGGAACCUGUUGUUAUGAUGAGGAUGAAUACAAGUGAUGGAGCACUGCACACAUUUCAGGUUCCUCUUUCAAAAUUUCAUCAACUUAGGUUCACCGUUGCCAAUCUUCUACGACAGAUGGAAGCCCUAAAAGAAUCACCCCUCUCUAAAAAAUAAGUUUCCCAAUUGAUUAUGAUUAUUGUACUUGAAAAAGGCAAAAUGCACCAUUGUUUUUUUCCCAGGUUAAAUGAUUUAAUGUUUAUGUCUCAUAAUCUUUAUGGAUUAAAUAAAUAUUAUAUUUAUAAA